GUCUUCUUCUGCCCUCCGUCAUUAAUAAACCGGUCCCAGCUCUUCCGGAGGCACCUGCGCUCCCCAACAGCAACCUUUCUUGUCCUUCCCUCUGCCCUGGUGAAUCCUCACCUUUCGCUGCGAUCCGUUCCCGAGCCCGUCGUGACAGCUGCGACGACGGUACGAAGACGACACCGCCCAGCCGCUCCAGCAUCGCCGCCCCUCGCCCCUCAUAGCCGCCAUGGACAGCAAGUCCGCAGCAGCGGGCAUGGAGCUGAAGGAGAACACGACCAUCGUCGUGCUUGGCGCUUCUGGCGAUUUGGCCAAAAAGAAGACUUACCCCGCGCUCUUUGGACUGUAUAGGAACCAGUUUCUGCCCAAGGAUGUCCGGAUCGUCGGCUAUGCGCGUACCAAGAUGGACCACGAGGAGUACCUGAAGAGGAUCAAGUCUUACAUGAAGACGCCCACGGAUGAGAUUAAGAAGCAACUGGAUGACUUCUGCAGUCUGUGCACCUACAUUUCUGGUCAGUACGACAAGGACGAGUCCUUCGAGGCCCUCGAGAAGCACCUGCAGGAGUUGGAAAAGGGACGUUCCGAGACACACAGGCUCUUCUACAUGGCAUUGCCGCCAAGCGUCUUCACCAUUGUCUCUCAGCACCUCAAGAAGUGCUGCUACCCGAAGCAUGGCAUCGCGCGCAUCAUUGUCGAGAAGCCGUUCGGUAAGGAUCUCGCGAGCUCUCGCGAGCUUCAGAAGUCCCUGGAGCCAGACUGGAAGGAGGAGGAGAUUUUCCGCAUCGACCACUAUCUCGGCAAGGAGAUGGUCAAGAACAUCCUCAUCAUGCGCUUCGGUAACUCCUUCUUGGGCGCCACUUGGAACAGGCACCAUAUCGACAACGUCCAGAUCACCUUCAAGGAGCCCUUCGGCACCGAGGGCCGCGGAGGAUACUUUGACGAGUUCGGCAUCAUUCGAGACGUCAUGCAAAACCACUUACUGCAGGUCCUGACCCUGCUCGCCAUGGAGCGGCCCAUUUCCUUCGAUUCGGAAGACGUCCGCGACGAAAAGGUGCGCGUCCUGCGAUCCAUCCCGGCCAUCGAGCCCAAGAACGUCAUCAUCGGCCAGUACGGCAAGUCGCUGGACGGCAGCAAGCCCUCGUACAAGGAGGACGACACCGUGCCCAAGGACUCGAGGUGCCCCACGUUCUGCGCGCUCGUCGCCUACAUCAAGAAUGAGCGAUGGGACGGCGUUCCCUUCAUUCUCAAGGCCGGCAAGGCGCUCAACGAGCAGAAGACGGAGAUUCGCAUCCAGUUCAAGGACGUUACGUCUGGCAUUUUCAAGGACAUUCCCCGCAACGAGCUAGUCAUGCGCAUCCAGCCCAACGAGAGCGUCUACAUCAAGAUGAACUCGAAGCUCCCCGGCCUCAGCAUGCAGACCGUCGUCACCGAGCUCGACCUCACCUACCGACGACGCUUCUCGGACCUCAAGAUUCCCGAGGCGUACGAGUCACUGGUCCUCGACUGCCUCAAGGGGGACCACUCCAACUUUGUGCGCGACGACGAGCUUGACGCGAGCUGGCGCAUCUUCACUCCUCUGCUUCACUACCUCGACGACAACAAGGAGAUUAUCCCCAUGGAGUACCCUUACGGCUCCCGCGGCCCCGCCGUCCUGGACGACUUCACGGCGUCGUACGGCUACAAGUUCAGCGAUGCCGCCGGUUACCAGUGGCCCACAACUUCGGCCACCCCGCCCACCAAGUUUUGAAUGCCGCUUCUUGAAGCACUUCGUGAGGAGGAAACCGGGCCAAGCGGCUUGCGCGUUUUCGUGAGCGCUUUGCCGCAGGGCCAAAAUAACAUGACGAAAAGGAGAAAAAGGUACAAAGUAUCGGCCCGGAAACGUCGACGAGGGAGACGGCCCGACAUGUCAUAACGUCACGAGGAGGGGGCCAAGUGAUAUUUAGGGAACUGGGAAUAUCAAUAGAGCCACGAAUUUUUGCCGUCUUCAAUGCCAGCUUGCCGGCUCGCCUAACCUCGGGGAUCUUAGCUGAGCGCGCGAGAGUACAGUCGUCCAUUGAUAAUCCUAG